CUCCUGCACAGCAGGUGGUGCUAUGCCUAUUGUUGACAGUGGACAUGCAGCAGGCAAGAAAUUCGCGAAGAAGAUUGUUUACACUCCUUAUAUUGUUACCCUACCAAACUCCAUCCGGGUUGGACUUUCAUGAUCAGCUAUCGACUAGACUAGCCAGUUCUCUAGAUACAUUGUAGCUGGUGUAGUUAAAAAUAAUGGAAGAUAGAAGCCUUCCUCGUAUUGUGGUCAUUGCACUGUCUGUGCUGAUCUACAUUUCUGCUUUAGCAAUUAAUGCUUUGGCAGGCGCUGGAAAGGGACCAUUCCAUUCGAGUACAGGGAACAUUUCCAAGAAGUAUGAAACCGACAUAACUCCGGCCGGAUGGACCUUUUCUAUCUGGGGGCUCAUCUACACCUGGCUGUCUCUCAUGCUCAUCUAUGUCAUCUCCUUCCUCUACAGAGGGAGCUGGACCCUCUCUGUGCUGCUGUACGGUUUCUACUUGUCCUGGAUAGUCAACAUGGCCUUCAACAUGACCUGGCUUGUCCUAUGGGUUCAAGAGCAGAUGACUGCUGCGUUGAUUCUACUGGGGAUCAUUGCUCUCACCAACUACUCUAUGAUCUUUUUCUCCUGCUAUGGGCUGAGUGUUUAUGGAGCCUGGCUCAGCCAGAACCAUCCUCGUGAUCUUUGGUGCAUCCGGGUGCUGGUGCAGAAUGGCAUUGCCCUGUAUACCACAUGGACAACCAUCGCCACUCUGAUCAACUUCACCCUGGUGUUGGACCUCUCUGGAGUGGCAAAGAGCACUGCAGCCACCGUGUCUCUCUGUAUCCUACUGGUGCUGGUGAUCGGAUGGUUUGGAAUUGAGAACUUCCUGCUGGAUCAGCAUGUGAGGUAUAUCCUGACUAUUUACCCUGUGGUAAUAAUUGCUCUGGUUGGGAAUGUGUUCAAGCACUAUGACCCUGCAGCACCAAGCGCAAACGCUAUCUUCAUGGUUGUACUCUUGGUGGUUUCCUGUGUGCUCCUGGUGGUGCGAGUCGCCUUGGUGUUCAGGAGAAAUCGGAACCAGCCCCUGUACGCUGGCAUGAGCCUGGAAGCUCUGAUCUCGCCCAGCAGCCUGAACAAGAAGCAGAAUAAGAUAUUCAUGUAGAAGACUGGUGCACACCACAAUAACAUAUUUUCACGAAGUGUCAAACCUUAAUAACCUAUAACAUAACACAUCUGCCUAUAUUCAACUAUACACAUUCAUUAUUCAGUUUGGACAAGAAGCAGAUGAAGAUAUUCAUGUAGAAGACUGGUAGUCUUCUACAUAGUACGAUCUGUAUACGAUACGAAGUGUCAAAGCCUAUGCUGCCUAUAAAACAUAUAAUCCUGUAUUACGCACACUCAGUAUUCAAGUAUCAAAAUACCUGUAUUCAUCCAAUCAUAACACUACACUGUAAUGCAUAACACUUUCGAUGUUUAUAAUACAUGUAAUAAGAAAUGAUUGUACACAAAUCAAUGCACUGAAUAAUCAUACAAUUCCAGUGUAAAUAACACUUUUUUUACUUGGUUCUUAUUGUUUUGUAUCGAUCUGAUACAUAAAAACAUAUUUUGCCUA